ACGAAACAUAGAGAGCUGUAGCAAAUCUUGGUUUCCUUUUAUAAACGCAAAAUAUCACAAAAAUAUCAAAUACAUUUAUAUUUAUAGUAUCGCGACUAUUAUUAGGCGCGUGGUUGUCUGAUGCGUGGUUUUUAUUACUCAUCUAUCGGUGGGGCAAGUCUCCGCCACCACCCCCACCCCCGACCUCCCUCCAUCACCAAGCACAGCUUCCUCUGCCCGUGACGUCACCGUCCCCGCCCUGCCUGCGGUAUCCGUACGAGGUGAUGGAGACGAGGCCUCGCGGUGGAAAAACAACCAGAGAACCGGGACACAACAACACUCCCUUCCCCGGAAACUAACGGUCUAAAAUCGUCGAUUGACAUCCAUCACAGCUCUGGAUUUUUUAUUCCUGGUGACCAGGUGACGCAACGUUUCAAGCAGAAACGCGGCGACAUUUUUUUUAGCCGGGAACUCCUCGGUGUGGACCAGAUCGAGGUGUCUGAAAGGAGGUGUCUCCGGUCAACACGAACCAGGGGGGAAAAAUCGACACAACGACUCCCCGGACUGCCUGUGGAUACAAAGACGGUAACCGCUCGUGUCUCUGUACGUUUCUGGGGGGGUCGGUGCGACGGGUGGAGUCGCGCAUCGCGCACCGGGUAAAUAAAUGAUGAGGGGUGGGUGACCCUCUCGCGACGGCGGGGUCCAUCUGUGUAGCCCCCCCCUAGAUGUUGACAUUCUCUGUGGGCGCUCAAAUCCCAGCGUGGUUGAUCAUCACCAGCCCGUGGGUUAAACCGUGACACCGUGCGCGCGUGAUGAUGCUUUGUGACCGGAGGAGCGGCGGCGACUCCUCCUCGAGAUGAUGCCGAUGGCGGUUCCCGUCUCGAGUGGCACCGACCGGGCUUUUAAUGGAGAGCGCUCCGCGGCGCGUUUUUAUGCAAUCCGACGCAGUGUUGCCAGUGGACCCAUUACUCCCGCCGUGCUUUUAAGAACAAUAGUGGUGCCCUGAUGUCUCUCUGUGCACGCCUUGAGCACUUCGGUCCGGAUCGCGCACAGAUGUUCUCCGUGUUGAUGAUGACGAACCCACGCGAGGAGCGACUCCUCUUCACACGCCGGGGUUGACCGACACCACGAGCCCCGGACCUACCCAGCCCGGAUUCUUCUGUGGACAUCAGGGCCCUCACUGAGGAGUCCCCCACAACAACAACACCAUGUCGAAAGCUGCCAGCAACAAGGAGAAGAAGUCGUUCAGCAAGAAGCUGUUCAGGAGGUCGUCGGUGCGCUCCGUGGGGAGCUUCAUGAACCGGGUCCUCCGCACGCUCUCCACCCUGUCCCACUUCGGCAACGAGGAGCACGCCACGGACGACGAGAAGGACGACGCCACCUUCGCCCCCUCCUCGACCACCGCCGGUUCGGUGCCGUCCGACGACAGCGACUGCGGGGGGUUCCUCUUCGGGGACAAGAUCCCCGGCGUCUCGGGCCUGAAGAAUCACGGCAACACGUGCUUCAUGAACGCCAUCCUGCAGUGCCUCAGCAACACGGAGCUGUUCGCCGAGUACCUGGCGCUGGAGCAGUUCAAGGGGGCGGAGACCGCCCUCGGCGAGAAGACAGCCAAGUCCAACGGGGCCGCCGUGGUGCCCGCCAAGAGGGGCAGCCAGCCGGCGGACGGAGGGGAGGUGACGGAGCAGCUGUCCGGGCUGGUCCGGGCGCUCUGGACCUUUGAGUACACCCCCCAGCACAGCCGCGAGUUCAAGAAUGUGGUGUCUAAGAGUGCCCUCCAGUUCCGCGGGACAGCCCAACAUGACGCCCAGGAGUUCCUCCUCUGGCUCCUGGAUCGAGUCCAUGAAGACCUCAACCAUCUGGUCCAGCCCGAGACCAGACUGCCCCAGAAGCUCCCGGUGGAGGAGGAGCGCGUAUCCGAGGGAGCUCAACUGCCAGCACCCGCGUCCUUCGUACAGGAGCUGUUCCAGGCACAAUACAGGUCGUCCCUGACGUGUCCUCACUGCCAGAAACAGAGCAACACCUUCGACCCCUUCCUCUGCAUCUCACUGCCCAUCCCUGUGCCUCACACACGACCGCUCUACGUGACGGUGGUGUACCAGGGGAAGUGCUCCCACUGUAUGAGAGUGGGCGUGGCCGUGCCUCUGUCCGGCACCGUGGCCAGGCUCCGCCACGCUGUUGCCACGGAAACCAAAAUACCCACCCAGCAGAUCGCCCUGACGGAGAUGUACUUUGACGGGUUCCACCGCUCCUUCUGCGACGACGAGGACGACCUGGAGAGCGUCCAGGAGAGCGACUCCAUCUUCGCCUUCGAGACGCCCGAGCAGUUCAGGCCCGAGCAGAUCCGCUCGCAGCGCAGCGGGAGCCCCCACCUGAACCUGAACCAGAACCAGCUGAAGUACGGCCCCGACGUCAACCGGAUCUCCCCCCAGGUCCAGGACCCCCCCACCCCGCCGCUCAGCCCCAACAAGAACUCGGGCCAAGGGGACAAGAUCGUCCUGCUGGUCUGCAACCGAGCCUGCGCUGGGCAGCAGGGACGCAGGUUUGGGAACCCCUUCAUGUUGUUUGUAGAGCGCACGGUGACCUGGGACGGCCUCCAGAAGGAGAUCCUGGAGAAGAUGAAGCUCCUGCAGAGACCGGGAGUCCUCGUCCAGGCGCGGCCCUUCAGCCUGCGGGUGGUGGGUGUGGUCGGGAUCACUUACCUCCUCCCGCAAGAGGACCUGCCACUCUGUCAUCCGUCCGUUGAGAGGGCGUACAAGUCGUGUGGCCCGGGUGGCCCCCCCCAUGUCAAGAUAGUGGUGGAGUGGGACAAGGACACCAAAGAACAAAUGUUCAAGCGGACGGAGGACGAGUACAUUCCCGACGCGGAGAGCGUUCGCCAGAUGAAGGAGCAACACCUCCAGCCCCAGAGCUGCUCUCUAGCGCAAUGCUUCCAGCUCUACACCAAAGAGGAGCAGCUGGCCCCGGACGACGCCUGGCGCUGCCCUCACUGUAAACAGCUGCAGCAGGGGAGCAUCAAGCUCAGCCUCUGGACACUCCCAGACAUCCUCAUCCUCCAUCUCAAACGCUUCCGACAGGACGGCGACCGGCGGAUGAAGAUGCAGAACAUGGUGAGGUUCCCCCUGGUGGGGAUGGACAUGGCGCCCCACAUGGUCAAGCGGAGCCAGAGCAGCUGGAGCCUCCCCUCUCACUGGUCGCCGUGGAGACGACCCUACGGCAUGGGCCGCGACCCCGAGGACUACCUGUACGACCUGUACGCCGUGUGCAAUCACCACGGCAACAUGCAGGGCGGACAUUACACAGCCCACUGUAAGAACUCCAUUGACGGACAGUGGUACUGCUUCGACGACAGCGACGUCCACUCCAUCGUGGAUGACCACGUGUGCAAACAGACGGCGUACAUCUUGUUCUACCAGAGGCGCGCCACCAUCCCCUCGUGGUCGGCCAACAGCUCGGUUGGCGGGUCCACCAGCUCCUCGCUGUGCGAGCACUGGAUCAACCGGCUGAUGGGUAGCCGCCCGCCCAGCCAGGCCUCGUCCGGCUCCUCCAGACGGACCUCGCUGGCCUCCCUCUCCGAGUCCGCAGAGUUCGCUGCCGAGCGGAGCGAAGACGAUGGACUCUCCACGCGGUCCAUAAUGCGGGGCAUGCAGAGGCAGCCCCUGUCCGCCCGCUCCUCCAUGGCCAGCCCUCUGGCCCUCAGUGACAACAACGGCGCCAAACCCUCCUGGCCGCUCUCCGCCAAGCUGCAGCUGCGCUCCAACUCCCCCUCCCGCUUCUCCCUGGAGCCCCACUCCUCCUCCUCCCCCACGCUGGAGCGCAUCGGGGAGGCGGUGGACGACCGGGCCUCCGGCGCCGCCGCCCGGCACGAAAAAAUGUCCGGGGGGAAGGGCUCGCUGGCGGCCGCCGCCGCCGCUGAGAACACCCCGGGGGCGAGGCGGAGGCUGGCGGAGCAGCCGGCCCCGGUGAAGGCGGGUUCUGCCGCGGCGCCCGAGUCGUGGAGCUCCAAGCAGGCCGGCGACAACAACAACCUCUCGGCCGGUGCCGAGCCGCUGACCCCGGGACCCGUCUCGCCGGCCAAGGACUCCAAACUGAGGAGCGGGGAGGGGGAGAGCUCCGGAGGCGGCAAGCGAGCCGCGGCCAAGACCUCCGUGGAGUCCCAGGAGAAGAGUCCCAAGAAACGCCCGGCGUCCUCCUCCACCUCCUCCAGCUCCCCGUCCCGCGCCGCCAUGGACAAGUCCCCCUCCAGGACUCAGGCCAAGGGCGGCUCGGUGGCGCCUCACCCCAAAACCAAAGGCGAUGGGCCCUGUAAAAGCCUCAAGACGGCCUCCUCGAAGACGGCCACGCCCUCCAAGAAGAGCUCCUCCCAGACCCAGGAGACGCUGCGCGUCGACUCGGCGCAGCCUAAGAAGAAGGGCGGGUCCGCCGGCUCCCAGAGUUCCCAGCCUCACCGGCGGCCAUCCCCCAGGGGCGGGGCGGAGAGGAGCACCGCCUCCUCCAGAACCAAAGGGGAGGAGCGCAGCGCCAGCCGCGACUCGCCGAGGGCGCCGGUGUCCGACCGGAAAGCCCCUCCCCGUGCGGGAGCGGCGGCCGCGACCCGGGGCGACGGGGCGACGGGAGGGGGGAAGGCGGAGGCCCGCGCCGCGGCACAGAGCUCCAGCAGCAGCUCCUCCAUCACCAGCCUGCGCUCCUCUAGCGUGGGCCUGUCGUCCUCCAGCGCGGCGGCGGCCCCCAAAGGCCCGCGGCCCAACAGCAGGACCGAGGAGAAGGGCUUGUCCUUCUUCAAGAGCGCCCUGCGGCCGAAGGAGGGCCGCAAGGGGGCGGCCGGGGCCGAGGCCCGCAGCCCGGACCCGCCCUCCGGAGACGGGCCCAUCGAAGCGUCCUCGGAGGGGGCCACCAAGAAGGCCCCGGGCGGGUCCGCAGAGGGCUCCGCCAAAGACAACGAGUCCUCCAAGCCCGCCGCCACGGCCGCAGCCAAGAGAUCCCUGCUGACCUCCAACAAGACCAAGAGCUCAGCGGCGCCGGCGCCGGCCGCCCAGACCCUCGCCAACGGGAAGGAGGCGGCCAAGAAGGAAACGACCAAGAGGAUCAUGCCCUCGAGGAAGAUCCCCAUCAGCUCCACCAGAACCCAGAAGCCUAAGUAGUGUCUGAGGAGAGGGUCCCGAGGUAAGGGUUCCCCGGUCUUUAGGGAACCUUCCCAAAGCACCUGAGGCUUAAGGUGGGCCAGCGUCAACGCCUGCCAUUAUGAACUGUGGUCGUCCACCAACUGUUACAUAAUUAUAUAGGAAUGAAUCUAAAAAUGUAAACAAGGCACUUUGUAUCGAUUGCUUGAAUUGAUUUUUGUAUUAUAUAUAUAUAUAUAUUUAUUGUUCUUGUAUAUAUUUAUGAACUGCACAUGUAUUGAUAUAUUAGCUUGGUCUGUCUGUAUCAUGACUGUAUAGUAGGAGGUGAGGAGGGGCUGUUCGAGGACUAACCUGAGAAGUAUUUUAAGACGGGUUGCCGGGUGGCUUAGUGCAGAUCCGGUCCAUGAAGAAUGUGAUUGGUCGAGACAGGAAGUUGAAUCAGCUGUAUAACUAUUUUAAGGAUUUUUGUUGUUCCUGUCCGUCUCUCCAGAGGUCCUGGGAGUUUUAACAUAACUUUGGUGCCUCAGACAAAUCCUCGCUUCGUAACUACAUGGUAUACAACUCAAGGUGUUGGUACAUUUCUAAAUACAAUUUUGAUAUUUAUUAAACACUGUUCAAUACACAGUUUCCACAGAAACACAUCCUACCUAAUUACAAAUGCUGUUUGAUCUGUUGGUACGCCAACGACAGACUCUUCGAUACUGUAGAGAUCCAGAGCCUUUACACAACACGGUACGUCUAAGUCUCGAGGCUGCUUCCGUACAAACCACAGACCAAGGUGGUUCUGGCGGCGGUUUCUAAACGGCGCCUGUCCCCCGUCACCUUGCCGGUUCAAAAUCACCGCAGUGGGGGCGCAGUUUACGAAACGUCUCGUUGUCUGACAGACAGCAACAUUCAACAUUCCUCACAGAUAACGCGUGGUUAUCACUAGUCGGACACGCUGUGCUGUCCAGCACCAUACAUGUCCACACAGCAUUAUGGUGCUUUUGGUUUCUUCAUCCCCUAUAGCGAUCACAGCUUGUAUGCGUCAUUAGCUUAUUUGCGCCUGCGGUCUGUUUCACGUUGAAUGCACAGAAUCAAAGAAAAGAAUCGCAUCAUUUAUGAAAAUGUAUGACAGCAAUUGUUGCAUGAUAAAUUGCUUAUGCAUGCACGAAACUAUGCAAGCAAUACUUGCUAAUGGCCACACUGAGUAUGUAUAACUGCUACUUUGGGACGUGUCCAUAUUUUUAAGUGUAUAUUUUUCCAAAUGCCAGCAUCAAAGAGCAUGUUUAGGCAUCCUUUACUAAUGCUUUGUUUGCACAUUUCCUCAGAGUAAUAUAUUCAUUUUGUAUGAAUGCUACUUACUGCUCAUCCACCUCAAAGUAAACCAAUUCACUUGCAAAUGAAUGUUUUCUCUACUGUAUUCAUUUGUCUUCUUAAAGAGACUCCAUCCAUGGGUUUCAUUCUUCCAACUCUUGUCACUUCACAAUGACAACUUUUAACCAUGUGUGUGUGUGUGUGUACCUGUUCCGGCUCAAAGGUUGUGCUCUUACCGGUGCAGAGAGGGGUUGUGUAUGUGAUGCAGUCGGUGUCAUGUGCGUGCCUGGGUAUCAGUGGGUGUGGUUUUACAUUCCAGGCUCAUCAGUGGCAUGCUCCACAGCAACCAGUCCGACCCACUGCCUUCCUCCGUCUUUAAACCUUUAAAACCAUGAGCAGGAGAGUCUCCAGGCUUUACUGCGAUGUUGCAUAGUAAAAUAAAUAUACAAAAAAAAAACACUCAUCACAUAAUUGAUUGUAUAGAGAUUGAUCUUAAAAA